GGGCAUUUUGGAGACACAACCUUGAUAUGUUGUAUAUAAGGGCUCAACUCUGCGACUGGAACUUCACUCGUCUGAGUCCGGAAAGUAACCGACACGAUGAAGUGGCUCGUCGUCCUGUCAGCUCUCGUGGCUUUCUCCGAAUGCUUCCAUAAGAUUCGACUGAUCAAGGGAAAGACUGCCAGGCAAGCCCUGCAGGAGAAAGGAUUAUGGGAGGAGUACAGGAAGCAGCAUCCAUACAACCCAAUGGCCAAGUUCCUCCAGACUGGUACUGAGCCUAUGACCAACGAUGCUGACUUGUCCUACUAUGGUGUGAUCUCCAUUGGCUCCCCUCCUCAGUCCUUCAGCGUCAUCUUUGACACCGGCUCCUCCAACCUGUGGAUCCCCUCAGUCUACUGCUCCAGCCAGGCCUGCGAGAACCACAGGAGAUUCAACCCACAGCAGUCCACCACCUUCAAAUGGGGCAACCAGCCUCUGUCCAUCCAGUACGGCACUGGCAGUAUGACUGGAUAUCUGGCCAUUGACACUGUUGAGGUGGGCGGCAUCUCUGUGGCCAACCAGGUGUUUGGAAUUAGCCGCACAGAGGCUCCCUUCAUGGCUUACAUGCAGGCUGAUGGUAUCCUGGGAUUGGCCUUCCAGACCAUUGCCUCUGACAAUGUCGUGCCUGUCUUCGACAACAUGGUCAAGCAGGGACUAGUGUCCCAGCCCCUGUUCUCCGUCUACCUGAGCAGCAACAGUGAGCAGGGCAGUGAGGUGGUCUUCGGUGGUAUUGACAGCAGCCACUACACUGGACAAAUCACCUGGAUUCCUCUGUCCUCUGCCACCUACUGGCAGAUCAAAAUGGACAGGUACAAAGAAAACACAAGCAAAAAUACUAACCACAAACAUAAGUUGCACAAAGCUUCCUUGCUUAACUGUAAUCCAUCUUCUGCUGUUCCUCCUCACAGUGUUACCAUCAAUGGUCAGACUGUGGCCUGCUCUGGUGGCUGCCAGGCCAUUAUUGACACUGGUACCUCCCUGAUCGUUGGCCCAACCAGUGACAUCAACAACAUGAAUGCCUGGGUUGGAGCCUCAACCAACCAGUACGGAGAAGCUGUAGUGAGCUGCCAGAACAUCCAGAGCAUGCCUGCCGUCACCUUCACACUCAAUGGACAGGCCUUCACCAUCCCCGCAUCUGCCUACGUCUCUCAGAACUCCUACGGUUGCAACACUGGCUUUGGCCAGGGUGGCUCUGACCAGCUCUGGAUCCUGGGAGAUGUCUUCAUCAGGGAGUACUACGUUGUCUUUGAUGCCCAGGCUCAGUACGUUGGUCUUGCCAGCUCUGCAUAAUCAAAUAAGACACCUGUUGGAUAAUCUAUAAAUGUGUAUUUCCCUGUAGGGGCUUGUCUGAUUGAAGACAAAGCAAAAAAUGGGAGUUUGUGGAAAGUAUACACGUGUUGUAUAGCUGCCUUUGCAUUAAAUAGAUUAUAGCAAUUAAAA